UUAUUGUUUUUUGGCAAAUAUGUCACAUAAAAAAGAUGUAAUAAUGACGUCCAUGCAUACAACAACGAAACUGGAACAGCAACAUUCGAAACCCAUCUUGAGCCCAACACGAUCGCUCGAUGAAGGUUUUGAAAGUGAUCCGGAUAGGGUUUCAACGGAUUCAGAGCAUCCAACAAGUGGAACGGCAAACAAUAGCACCACAGCCAACUGCAACAACAAUAACAACAGUCAUCACAGUAACAGCAGCAACAACAAUAACAAUAAUCAAUUACAUCAAAAUGUCGGUGGUUCUACAUUGGCACAAUUGUCAUCAGCUGCCACUGGCGGCUUGUCAGCCAAUGCUGAUUUGUCAGCUACCACGACGACAUCAUCAUCGUCGUCAUCCCCAACGGCGGCCACAGCAACGACGGCAGGUCAUGCUUUGGCCACAGCCACCAAGUCUAUGGAUUUAUCCAAAAAUCGUGUAAUAGCAGGAGCCAUGGGUGUUCCCCAAAUCACCAGGCGUCCCAUGUUAUUGGAAAAAUAUUUCAAGGAGCAGAGAAGGGGUUCGGCUGAAAAUAGAUAUGGCAUACCAGUACUGCAAACCACAUUAUCAUGUCCGGGCACAUCAUCCUCCUCGUCUUCGUCGGCCUCACCCAACUCGGCGGCAAUGGGCUCACCACAAACCAUGCAACGUUUGCAAUAUCAAAAACAACGGCAACCUGUGGUUGCCUCAGCUGCGGUACAGAAUCACCGCUAUACCUCGGCGGCCGCCAACUCGCAUAACAGUGGUUUUCGACGAGCCAAAACUCGAGCCAUGUCACCAUCCAUAUUGAAAACGGUGAGCUCCUCCUCCAACUCCUCGAACAACAAUCGCAGCAAUAUGAUGUUAAUGCAUCGUUCCGGUGCAGCCAUACGUUCCCAUUCUGUGGAUGCCAUUUCUCGACAACGUCAUGGCUAUGAUCCCUCCAAUGCCCUUAUACUCAAACAUGAAUCAUCAUCUGCCGCCGCCGCUGCCGCAGUUGCAACCCCAUCGCGCAUGCAACACUACAAAUAUCCCGGUGCGGCGGCACAAAAUGCAAUGGUCACAACUCUGCCACCCGGAGCCGCAAGCCAGGCUCUUCUCGUACAACCCAUUUCCAGUGCAACAUUGGCCUCCAGCGCCGUAGCUGCUGCCGCAUUACCGCCUGCCGCAACCGUCCUGAAUUCAACGAAUGUCGGUGAUGCCGCUGCUGCAUUGGUGGCAGCAGCCGGUGGAUCACCGGUUAUUGCCUCAUCCACAAAUAGUCUCUAUACAUUUUAUCCAGCCGAGGGUAAUCUACAAGUAUGGCAAUCCGAAUGUGGUGAUUUGACAUAUAAGUCAUCGCGUAAUCUACAAACGCAUAAGGCACCAGUUUGUUGGACUCAGUCUAUACCAAGGCAAACAAGACGGUAA